AUGGGACGGCAAGUAUUGAUUUUCAUCACGAUCUUCUCGCUCGGUUCAGUUCUCGGUCAGGUCAGCUACUCUAUUCCGGAGGAAAUGGCGAAGGGUUCUGUAGUGGGCAACAUAGCACGGGAUUUAGGUUUGGAUUUGAAAAGAAUCAAGUCAGGUAAAGCCCGUAUAUUUACCGGCGACAGUGCAGAAUACAUCGAGCUGAGUAGGGAAAGAGGAGUCCUCCUCGUGAAAGAGAGAAUCGACAGAGAGUCGCUGUGCAGACAGACUACGCCUUGUGCUUUGCAUUUGCAGGUUAUUCUAGAAAACCCAAUGGAGCUUUUUCGGAUAACAGUAGAGAUAACCGAUAUCAACGAUAACAGUCCCAGUUUUAAAAAUGACGAGAAACGUUUUGAAAUCAGCGAAUCCGCAGUUACAGGAUCUAAAUUUGUCUUGGAAAGAGCGGUUGAUGCAGACAUUGGCAUAAAUGGACUGAGAAAUUACAGCUUGAAACCUACUGACAAUUUUUUAUUGAACAUACAAAGUCAUUCAGAUGGCAUUAAAAAGGUCGAAUUGGUCUUGCACAAGCCGUUAGAUCGAGAGAAAGAAGAACACAUAUCAUUGUUGUUGACAGCUGUAGAUGGAGGAGAACCUCAGAUGUCCAGUACAGUAAAGAUUUAUGUUACCGUGCUCGAUGUAAACGACAAUGCUCCUGUGUUUAUGCACUCGCUUUAUAAGGCAGCCAUGUCCGAAAAUUCUCCGAAGGGAACCACAUUGAUAACAGUGAGUGCAUCUGAUGCAGAUAAAGGCACAAACGGGGACGUUUCUUAUUCCGUAUCGACCACUAUGGACAGUGUAUCUGAUAUAUUUAAUAUAAAUGAAAACGGUGAGGUAAUAUUAGUUGGUGAAGUUGACUUUGAAAAAGCUAAGUAUUACCGAAUUGAUAUCGAAGCUCAAGACAGUGGUGGACUUUCUGAUUCCAGUAAGAUUAUUGUUAAUGUUAUUGAUAUUAAUGAUAAUAAGCCUGUAAUCAGUAUACUUUCCAAAUCUGAUUCAAUCCCAGAAGACUCUUCCCAAAAUACAAUUAUAGUUAUGUUCAGUGUCCUUGACGCAGAUUCAAGUAACAAUGGCCAAGUGAACUGCAGAAUAAAUGGCAACAUACCAUUAAUUAUUACUUCUGCGAAUGAUUUCUACAGUUUAGUGACAGACAGUGAGUUAGACCGAGAGACAGCUUCGCAGUAUAAUAUAACAGUGACCUGCUCUGAUGAGGGAGUCCCCUCCCUCUCCAGCAGCGUCACUCUCACCUUACAUAUCUCUGAUGUGAAUGAUAACCCGCCUGUCUUUGAGAGGAGCUCAUAUGAGGCUUACAUUGUAGAAAACAACACACCAGGUCUCUCUAUAUUCACAGUGAAAGCCAGAGACGCUGACUGGAACCAGAACGCCCGUGUUUCUUACAUACUGGAGGACUCCUCUGUUAACGGAGUGCCAGUCUCCUCAUAUGUGUCCGUUAGUGCUGAUAGUGGAGUCAUCCAUGCAGUGCGCUCUUUUGACUACGAGCAGAUCAAAGACUUCCACUUCCGUGUCAAAGCGCAGGAUGGAGGCUCCCCUCCACUCAGUAGCAACGUGACUGUGAAAGUACUGAUCCAGGACCAGAACGACAACCCUCCUCAGGUUCUGUACCCAGUCCAGACUGGAGGCUCUCUGGUGGCUGAAAUGGUGCCUCGUUCAGUAGAUGUGGGCUAUCUGGUCACUAAAGUGGUGGCUGUGGAUGUGGACUCUGGACAGAAUGCCUGGCUCUCCUAUAAACUGCAGAAAGCCACAGACAGGGCGCUGUUUGAAGUGGGCUUACAGAAUGGAGAAAUAAGAACUAUCCGCCAAGUCACUGAUAAAGAUGCUGUGAAACAAAGACUGACUGUUAUCGUGGAGGACAACGGGCAGCCCUCUCGUUCAGCUACAGUCAUUGUUAACGUGGCGGUGGCGGACAGCUUCCCUGAAGUGCUGUCUGAGUUCACUGACUUUACACAAGACAAGGAGUACAACGACAACCUGACUUUCUACUUAGCCCUGGCUUUGGCUGUAGUUUCCUUCCUCUUCAUCACCUGUCUAGUGGUUAUUAUAUCAGUGAAGAUCUACAGGUGGAGACAAUCUCGCGUCAUGUAUAACUCCAAUCUCCCUGUGAUUCCGUAUUAUCCACCACGUUACUCAGACACUUUGGGGACAGGGACUCUCCAACACGUGUACAACUACGAGGUGUGCAGGACGACUGACUCCAGAAAGAGUGACUGUAAGUUCAACGGAGCCGGUAGUCAGAACGUGCUGAUAAUGGACCCCAGUUCUACAGGGACGAUGCAGCGGAUACAGAGUGAGAAGAGCAUCCUGGAUGAACCAGACUCUCCUCUAGAGUGAAAGCCAGAGACGCUGACUGGAACCAGAACGCCCGUGUUUCUUACAUACUGGAGGACUCCUCUGUUAACGGAGUGCCAGU